AUGGGCAGCAUCGAGAUCUCCCAGGGCGACGUCCCGCCUCCCGACACCAUCGCCGUAGCACCCAGCUGGCAAGGACCCGGGCCAGCAGCCUAUGACCUCCGCACCGACACCAUCACGACCCCGACGCUCUCCAUGCUGCAGGCCAUCGCGCAGUCCUCCCUCGGCGACGACGUGUACCAAGAAGACGCCACGACGACGGCCUUCGAGGCCUCCAUGGCGGCGCUGACCGGCAAGCCCGCCGCGAUGCUCGCGCUGUCCGGAACGAUGGGCAACCAGCUCGCGCUCCGCUCGCUGCUCACCCAGCCCCCGCACGCCAUCCUGUGCCACCACCAGAGCCACAUCCUCGUUGCCGAGGCCGGGGGCUGCGCGACCCUCAGCCAGGCGCACAUGCAGGCGGUGCGACCGCGCCACGGCAGCGGCCUGUACCUCACGCUCGAGGACGUCGAGCGCGAGGCGGUGGUCAGCUCCAACAUCCACGUGGCGCCGACCCGCGUCAUCUCCCUCGAGGUCACGCUCGGGGGCUCCAUCACGCCCCUGGCAGAGGUGCGGCGCAUCGCCGCCUUCGCGCGCCGGCACGGCAUCAAGAUGCACCUCGACGGGGCCCGCAUCUGGGAGGCCGUAGCCGCAGGCGCGGGCUCCCUGCCGGACUACCUGGAGUGCUUCGACACGGCGCAGAUGUGCUUCUCCAAGGGGCUCGCGGCGCCGAUGGGCAGCGUGAUCGUCGGGCCCGCGGCGGUGCUGGACCACUGCCGCUGGGUGCGGAAGAGUAUCGGCGGGGGGAUCCGGCAGGCGGGGAUCAUCGCGGCGGCGGCGAGGGUGGCGGUCGAGGAGAACUUCCUCGCGGGUGCCGGGGCCAAGCUCCGGGAGACGCACCGCAAGGCCAAGAUGGUGGAGCAGAUGUGGACCCGGCGGGGCGGGACGCUCGUUCGGCCCGCGGAGACGAACAUGGCCGUCCUGGACCUGGUGGAGAGCGGCAUCGAGGUGGCGGAUUUCGUGCGCGUCGGGGCGGAGGAGGGCCUCAAGUUGAUGGGGGGCCGGAUCGUGGUCCAUCUGCAGGUGGUGGACGAGGCGUUCGCGCGGCUGGAGAGGGUGUUUGAUCGGGUCAUGGCUGCGAAGGGCAAGGACGUCGUUGCGCAGCAGUCGGUUUACGGGUAUUGA